GCCAGUUGAUCAAGACCGUACAUGUGCUUGACCUCGAAAAAGGCCAUGGGAGAGUCGUCGAAGCCCACCAGUAAAGACUCCACUUCUAUGCCUUUCAUGCCCUAUCUCGUCGUUGCCCUGGUGGCCCUGGUGGCCUUCGCCUGGGCUAAAAUAUUCCCCGGCGGUACGCAAGAACUCCGUCUACCCCCUCAAUCUGUCCUUGUCGACCCGCGUUCGGUAGCUACAUUGGGCGCCAACGCCUCCUUCCGCGAAAACGCCUUUGACUCCCAUUUUAAUCCUACGAAUACUACCCCUCCAUUUUUCCAAGUAUUCGACCGUUCGUUCCUGGCAAUUUUAGGUUCAUCUCCGUCCAUUCACGAGGUCGCUUCCAAUGAUACUUUCGCCUUUGCACACGAGGCCCCCAUCUAUGAUCCUUCUUCGGAUGAUGUGUUCUUUGCCAGCAAUAACGGCGGCCCGCUGGGCAUGAGCAAUUUGGAGCACAACAGUCAAAUCUCGAAAUUAAGUCUCUCUGCAGCUGAGGCUGCGAAUGGGUCUUUAGUAUCCAUCACUCCGCUUGAUCUUCCAAAUACAAUCCAAAUGACGAAUGGAGGGACUGGACCUUAUAAGUCUUCCCUUCUUCUGAUAACAUCAGGUCGAGGUCCGCUUCCUCCUUCAAUAGCUCUCGUCAAUCCCCAUCCACCCCAUAACGUCACCGUUCUCCUCGACAACUAUUUUGGUCGUCAAUUCAAUUCUCUGAAUGAUAUCAAAGUGCAUCCGAGCGGGAAGAUAUUCUUUACCGAUGUGACAUAUGGAUUCCUCCUCCACUUUCGGUCUACUCCUCAAAUGCCGAACCAGGUGUAUCGAUUUGAUCCUAAUACUGGAAGUGUUCGUGUCGUGGCAGAUGGAUUCGACAAGUGUAAUGGAUUGGCAUUUUCAGGAGACGGGAGAAGGGCGUACAUUGCGGACACGGGAGCCGCAGGCGGAUAUUUCGGAAAUAAUCAAACGGAGCCAGCUACCAUUUACGCCUUUGAUGUCAAUCCGAAAACCCAUGCCUUUAUGAACCGACGCGUCUUUGCCUAUGUGGACUCAGGUGUUCCUGAUGGCAUCCAGGUUGAUACCGACGGCAACGUAUACUCCGGUUGUGGCGAUGGGGUGCAAGUAUGGAACAACGAAGGUACUCUAAUCGGAAAAUUCUUUUUAGGAAUGACCUCAGCCAAUAUGGUCUUCGCGGGCAAUGGUAGACUUAUCAUUCUUGCUGAGACUAAAGUCUUCCUUGCCAAGAUUGCGGCCAAAGGUGUUCGUCUUGGUGGUCCUUGAUUUCGUUAUCAAAGGCUACAAUCUUGGUUUUCCUACCACGAAUAUCUUUUGUGUACCAGCCUUUUGGAAAUUCAGGCGCGACAAAUGAUUGUACCCCACACUGUGCCGCUUCAACCUUGAUGCUUAUCAUUUCUCCACAAUUUCUGGGCAAGCUUGAUUAGAUGUCGAACUAUAUCGAAAUGCUGAUUUGUCUUUCGUUCUUUUGUUGAGCAGACUGGUCGAUAGAGAUGCAUUUUUUCUGUAUCAUCAAAGCUGAGAUAUAUAUACUAUUGCAGGGGAGGGGCUGCAUCAGCGUCGUCGGAGACGGGCU